AUGUUGUGGGAUCGUGCUUUCAAAGCACUUGCAGUGGUAGCGUCAUGCUGUGCAUCGGUAGCAGAUGCCAUCACGUACACUCCGCUGAAGCCUCCUUCAUACCCACUGGCGGUAAGAAGUCCAUAUCUGUCAGCAUGGAUUCCCGGCAACGAUGUCGCGUCUCUUCCCUCGCACAAUGCUCAGUUUUGGGAAGGGAACAAGCUGAUAUGGUCGGUCAUUGCGCGCGUCGACGGAGUUGCAUAUAAUUUGUUUGGCGUGGCUUUCCCCCCGAAUGGAACACAAUCUGCGGUGGUCACCGAGGCAGUCUACACGUCUUCUCACACCAUCUUCACCGUGACGGCUGGCUCGCGCAAUUUCACUCUGGACUUUUUCUCCCCAGUCUCACCCAAGAACUACUUGCGGCAAUCAUUGCCGUUCUCCUACCUGACAGUGACCGUGGCAGCGGGAGACUCAAGCUCCGUGCAAAUCUACUCUGAUAUCGAUGCCAGCUGGACGGGCCAGCCCGGACACGCCCGCUGGAGUUUUUCACGAAAUGCAUCUACGAGUGUCUAUGAGAUUCAAGCGGUCAACACGGCAACUUUCUCAGAAAACAAUCAGGGACAGGCUCUGUGGGGCAGUGCCGUAUACGCGUCUCGUCCAACGGACUCCUCGUUACUCUCGAGUGCAUCUGGCCCAUCUCUCAGCACCCGCGAGUCGUUCAUCAACGGCGGCAGCUUGACUGACACACAGGACGAGUGGAGCUCGACAGGCGUGGUAGCUUUUGCCCACGAUCUGGGAACCACCACGGAUGCGUCAGCCGUGACUUUUGCGAUAGGCCAUGCCCGAAAGGAAUCUAUCGAUUUCCUUGGUCAGACGCAGACGGGCUACUAUCGUGCGAGGUAUCCCGAGGUGGUGGGAGCGGUCUCGCAUUUCUUGGACGACUAUGAAGACGCCAAUGCAGAAUCCGUCAAAUUUGACCAAUUGAUCCAAGACACGGGAGUUUACAGCUAUGGGAACAAGGACUACUCGGACAUUCUGGCUCUCUCAGUGCGACAAGUCUACGGAGGUAUCGAACUGACCAUCCCUUCCGAGUCGUUGGAUGUGAAGGAGGUUCGUGCCUUUAUCAAGGAGAUAUCAAGUGAUGGAAACAUCAACACCGUCGAUGUGAUUUACGCAACUUUCCCCAUCUUCUACGUGUUGAGCCCCGAGUUUCUGAAGCUCCUUCUCACACCGGUCUUUGAGUACAUGGGAUCUAGUGCCUACACGAAGCUAUAUGCGGUGCAUGAGCUCGGUGCAAACUACCCCAACGCGACGGGUCACCCGGCGAAUGGAGAAGAGAUGCCCAUUGAGGAAAGCGGCAAUAUGAUCAUCCUCACCUAUGCCUAUCAAAUCGCCACGGGUAAAACCGACUUGGCCGAGACAUACUCGGCUCAGUUGAAACAGUUCGCCGACUACCUGUUUCAGAAUGGACUCUAUCCGGCCUCUCAGCUCUCCUUGAACGAUGCCCUCGGUGCACUGGCCAACCAGACUAAUUUGGCCGUCAAGGCUGCCGUUGGUCUUGCCACAUACGGCGCUCUGUCAGGACAAAGUAACUAUACCGCCGCCGGCAAAGACUUUGCAGGCAAGAUCUGGACCGAUCACCUUGGGACCGAUGUGAAUGGCACCCACUUUCUGAUUCAGUACGGGGAGGAGCCCUGGUUCCUCGUGUAUAAUCACUAUCCGGAUCUGCUGUUCAACCUCGACACUUUUCCGGGAGAAGCCUAUAAUGCCACAGCCCAGUUCUAUCCGACAGUACGCAAAACCGACGGCGUGCCUCUCGACGGGGCCAUCAGCUGGGGGCAAACCAAUUGGCAAUCGUUUGUCGCUGCCACUGUUCGCGGGCCCACCCGAAACUUGUUCAUUGAUGACCUACAUAGGUAUAUCUCGAAUGGACUCAACUCGGCGCCGUUCUCCGAUCGAUACUGGGUCGAGGCUGGGAAUGGCUUUUCGGCGGGACAGGAGUAUGCCUUCCGGGCACGACCCACGCUAGGCAGCCAUUUUGCGCUGGCAGCUUUGACGGGCGCUGAUAUUCUUUUCUCGGAGUGA